AUGGCCAGAAACCUCAUCGUUAUUUUGUCGUCUCUAUGCAUUUGGAUAGGUGCUCGAAGUGCUCCAGCUGGGCUAGACUCAAGUGUCUUUGAGGGCGCAGAUUUCUUCCAACUCUUUAACGAUCCGGACGGACAUUUAAAAUUGAACCCCAGACUGAAAACGGAUGAUCGCAUUAGAGCGCACGGAUAUCCGGGAGAGCUGCAUUAUGUGCCCACCGAAGACGGCUACAUAAUUGGAUUAUUUCGCAUUCCCCAUUCGCACAAGCUGCAGAAUCAGGCAAAGUAUCGUCCCAUUGUGCUGAUGCAGCAUGGCAUAUCGGGCUGCUCCGACAAUUGGAUCGCCAUGGGUCCCGAUAAUGCUCUGGCCUUUCAGCUGGCCGAUGCGGGCUACGACGUCUGGCUGGGCAAUGCACGGGGCAAUACGUACUCAAGGAACCACUCGUCGAUAUCCACGCAGCAUCCAUAUUUCUGGCGCUUCAGCUGGCAUGAGAUUGGCUACUUUGAUAUUGCGGCUAUGAUCGACUAUGCACUGAAAACAAACGGACAGGAACAACAAGCCAUUCACUAUGUGGGCCACUCGCAAGGAACAACCGUUUUCCUAGCACUUAUGUCCACGCGUCCCGAGUACAAUCGGAAAAUCAAGACAGCCCAUCUGCUGGCUCCGGUUGCCUUCAUGAACAACAUGGACAGCCUGAUGGCGCGAGCGGUUGGACCCUAUCUGGGACAUCACAAUACUUACGCCCUGCUGUUUGAGUCACAGGAGCUCUUACCCUACAAUGAUUUCAUACUGUCUUUUAUCUAUAACACAUGCGGGCCGGACUCAAGGUUUCGAGACUUCUGCAGCGUCUUUCAUAACAGCAGCACCGACGGACGCUCCAAUUCGAGUGCGGUUGCGAUCAAUGCUUUAACAACUCCCGCCGGAGUAUCCACCAAUCAGUUCUUGCACUACCUACAGGAGCAACAGUCCGGACACUUUAGGCGCUACGACUUUGGUACCAAGAGGAAUUGGAUGGAAUACAAUGCGGAAGUGCCGCCGGAUUACCCAACCAAUCUAAUUACGUGUAGCACACAUUUGUGGUACUCGGAUAACGAUGAUAUGGCCGAUGUUGGGGAUGUCUUGCGUUUGGCUGAAACAUUGCCCAACAAGGAAAUGCAUCAUAUGGAGGAUCCCAUGUGGAAUCACGGCGAUUUUGCCACUAACUGGGAGGUGCGCAAAUAUAUUAAUGAGCCAAUUAUUAAAAUCAUAAACCAAUUCGAAGGGCUCAUUUAA